AUGAAUGUCACCUUAACUAGUUUGGAGGCUUUGAUUUUGAAAGCUACAUACGAAAAUCUGCCACAUCCCGAUGCUGCAGCGAUAGAAGCUUUCUGUACUAUAAUGAAGGAUUCUGCAGACGGUCCACAAUAUGCGGCCCAAGCAUUGGCGGCUCGUAUUCAUUCUCAAAACGCACGUGAAGCCCUGCUUGCACUGGCAAUGCUUGAUCGUUGCAUGAGACGGUGCGACAGCAGUUUCCAUUCCGAAAUAGGAAAAUUCAGAUUUUUGAAUGAAAUGAUAAAACUUGUUUCACCUAAAUAUUUAGCUGACAGAACAGCACCUGAAGUACAAACCAGGGUUUUACAGUUAUUACAUGCUUGGUCUAUAGAAUAUCCAAAAGAAACUAAGUUUAAAGUGGCUUAUGAUAUGUUAAAAAAUCAAGGUGUGGUUAAAGAAACACCACCGCCUUUGCCUCCAGAAGGAACACCUCUGCCAUUACGUCAGAGAGCUAAAAAUGCUAUAUUUGAAGAUGAGGAGAAAUCAAAACUAUUACAGAAAUUGCUUCAAAGCAAGAAACCAGAAGACUUACAACAUGCAAAUAGAUUGAUUAAAACAAUGGUGCGAGAGGAAGAGCGCCGUAAUGAAGCAAAUAGUCGACGGGCACAAGAAGUCAGUGCUGCAUUGGAUAGUGCAGGCUUAUUGCGUGAUAUGUUAGAACAUGCAUCAGAUGCUUCACCUGAUGAAGAGCAGUUAAUACAUGAGCUCCAUGCCAGCUGUUCCCGUUUGCGACCAGUGCUGCAGAGGCUUGCUGCUGCUGACUCACAAGCAGACAAUUUAAGUGAUAUCCUUCAUGCGAAUGAUGUUCUGGAUGAAGUUUUGGAAAGGUAUAAUGUAUUUGUUUCUGAAAAAUCAUCUAAGCCUAAGGCGGGAGAAGCACAAACGUUAAAUAGUGAUUCCUUGUUAGAUUUUGCUGGAGCAUCAUUGAAUAAAAAUACUGGAAAGACGCAUAGUGCUACAGAUACAAAAUCUAAUGUAAUAGAUGAACUGGGAGACAUUUUUUCAAAUGAAAGUGGUUCCAAUAAUAUUGCAGAGCCCUUGAAACCUGUUAGUCUAAUACAAAAUGAUGAUGUUGAUCUCUUAAGUGAUAAGUCUGGUAAAACUGAAGGCUGGAAUGAAUUAGACAAUCUGGGAGAACAAUUAUUAAAACAAUCUUUACCAGAAAAUGCCAGAAGAAUUGAUAAUUUUAAUAGUAAACAAUUAAAGAAGAUUCCUAUGAAUGCUUUGGACAAAUCGUCUCCUAAACAUGAAACACAAUCGAACAAUGAUGCACUAUUUGAUUUAGAUUUUCUUAUCAAAAAAUCUGAUGAAAAAUCUAAUUCACCUGAAGUUAUUGAUACUUGCAAACAAAUUCAUACUAAUGACGAUGUCAUGGUGGACAUCGGCACAAAUGGCACAACUUUAACUAAUACUAUUGUAGAUAUGAACUUAAGUGUACCGGACAGUCCUCUAGACAACAUUUUAGAUUUAGGCUUACCUUUAGGAAAUAAUGUGACACAUGUUGAUAUAGAAACACCAGUAACUAAUAAAGCAGAAACAAUUACUGAACGUAAAGAUUCAAUCAAAAAUAACAAAGUUGGUGAUGUUAAACCACUGACUGAUAUAAAUGUGAGCUUACAAAGUAUUCAGCCAAGUAAAGUGCCACCGUUAACUGUGUAUGAAGAAGAAGGAGGCGUGACUGUUGUUCUACAUUUCUGUAAAGACAAGCCGAGGCCAGACGUGAAUGUCAUUGUAAUUUCUACAACAAGUAAGAAUAGCUCACCUAUUGAAGAUUAUAAGUUCCAAGCAGUUUUACCAAAGGGUUGCAAAGUGAGGCUACUGACGGCUUCGGGCACUUCCCUGCCGGCUUACAAUCCAUUCUUGCCUCCGCCGGCUCUGACGCAAGUGAUGCUGCUGGCGCGCCCUGCUACCUUGACGCGCGUCGAUCUCAAGUUCGUCAUCACAUACACCUGCGAUGAGGAAAUGUGCUCAGAGAUGGGCGAGGCGAGUAACUUACCCCUCGCCGACAUAUAG